ACAAUGAGUUACCAACCAGUAAGAGUUUAGCAAGCGGUGUUGUCAGCAACUGUUGCUGUGUUUUCAGAGUUAACUUGCAACACAACCAUGCUCUAUCAUUUUUUUUCUUUACCUCUGAAACAUUCGAAGAGUAGAUAGUUUAAUUUUGAUGGAAUGCUUGCUGGCGUAUCAUGCUGUUGGGAAUAACCAGAAUGCGUGAGAUGCGAAGAUGACACAGAGAAAACUAAACUUUGACGAUUCAAUUUCAAGUUCCGAUGCUGGAGACAUUUUAAUUCGUUCAACCAGAGUUGGUCUUCAAGAGGAAAACGGGCGCAUUUCAAGAACAGCACAACAGAACAGACCAAUGUCAAAUUUGGCAAACCAGCAGAUUAAGAUCUCUGUGAGGAAACUUGAUAGCUUCUUGCAGUCCUCUUCAAAUGACGAAACAUCAAACUCUGGAUCCCGUGGGCAGCCGUUGGUGUCUGCAGACCUCCGAGCAAAUAAGAAGCCUGCCUCUUCGACAGAGAUCAGAAUGCCAACAGUGAGAAAAGAAUCUCAAAUGCCAAGGAAUGAGAGCCCAGAAGUGCGUGCGCAUGGUAGCCAGGCAGGGGGCAGAGGACACAAAGCUGCAACACCUGAUGUACUGAUAUCUAAGUAUGCUGUUGGUGGCAAGGAGGCAAUUCGAGCAGCCAUGCAGCAGAGGUUUCAGAAUGCUCCAGUGAGGCGGCAGAUGAAAGUGAAGCUGCUGGAUCAGAGUGCAUCUCAGGCCCCACUGAUCCCAGAGCAGCAGCUCGGUCAGCAGCCUUUUAGAGUGGCGCCCCAGCCCAGCCAGCCGCCUGUCACAGGAGACCAGCAUGCUGCCACCACUGCUGCAGCCUUCACCGCUGCUGCUAUUGCUGCCACUGCUCCCAUCAUGAAGGCUCAGAGUGACAUGGAGGCGCUGAUGUCGCAGGUGGCGACCGAGCUGCGACGGCUGCAGGAGGCAGGCAGCCGGGCGCAGGAAGGGCGAGCCAUUGAGCGCGUGACCCAGCUGGAGGAGCAGCUCAACACCCUCACGCAGCAGAGGCUGCAGCAUAUGGAGCUCAUCCAGAACCAACAGCUGCAGCUGCAGAACCAUCUUCUGGGUUCCGCUCUGGAUGCGGUCACAGCCAGGGCCCCGGCUCCGGCACAGCCUCCCCAGCCUGCUAGUGCUCCCCCUGUGAUGGUAAAUCCACACCUAACAAAAAGCAACCCCAGUGUGGAGAAGUUAACCUCUGACAAAGCCUCUAUAGCCCCUUGCAGUCAAUUGGGGGAUCAAAGAGGCAGAAGCAGGAGCCCCUUGGAGACUCCAGCCCCCCGUAAGCUUAUUCCCAAACCCAUCCGUUGGAACAGUGGAGUUCAGACCCCCAAGCAACACACGCCAAAAGCAUCAAAGCAGUCACGUCCAGAAAAAGGAAAUGGCAGACUUCUGGAAGCCAUCCUUAACAACGAGCGAUCUCCUGGGAGGAGCAAACGGUCUGUUGGGGGAAAGCAGGUUGCCAUGGCAACAGCAGAGCACCAAACAGAGAAAAACAGGGAAGACCAGGCUCGACAUGAAGUCAACAGGACCUCCCCCGGCAGAUCUCCGGCGGAACCAGGGGAGCUCUCAGGAAGGAGGCCCCUGGACGUGCAGCCAAGGCUGGGCGGAACGGCUGAGCCGCCAGGGUCCCCGUCUGGAGCCGAGGCCGCGGAGGGUUCCAGCUCCGUCGCGAGGAAGGCGAACGAGAUGCUGCAGGACCUGGGCCGACUGAAGGCCGAGAUGCAGACCCUGCUGCAGGCGCGUGAUGCGUUUCCUGUGGCGAGCAGCAGGAGCACCCUCCACUCGGCGCCGGCACCCGCUACCGCCGCCCCUCCCCCGCCCGCCGCUGCCGUCUCCAUGCGGCCUCAGGGGGCUUCGGCUUUGUUCAUGCCCACAACCGUGCCUCUCAGCCGGCCCGGUCUACUGCAGAACAACCCUCCCCCGCCCUCCAUGUUCGAGGAUGCCGGCCGGGUGCUGAGGGAGGUACGCCAUAGCCGGAAGGUUCUGGAAGAGAACCUGGAGGCCAUCCUGCGGGCCCGUGAUGCAGAGGCCCUGCACUGGCAGCUGGAGGCUCUGGCCAACAACAGAGGUGCCAAUGAGGAGGUGCGCGUCAGGAGGACUGUAGACGCUUGGAUUAGCACCUUAAAUAAAGACAUCCAGGGCGAGCUGGCGAGAGAGACUGCAGAGAGGGAGCGCAGCAGAGACGCCACCCAGCAGGCGGGCGGGGAAGGCAAGGCCACAGCCGGCUCCUCUGACCCCCGGGCCAGGGGCCGGAGAGCCCCCCAGACAGCAGCCAGCAGGAGGCCCCUCCACAGAGACACCAGGGGCCACACCAGGGGCCAGGAGAACAGGCAGCCGCCUAGCAAACAGGCCCUCGCAGGCUCCCCUGCACACACAACCCAGCAGCAGCAAAAGCCUCCAACAAUUGCGGAGGAGGUGGAUGUGGAUGUGAGACUGGACGGAAGGGAUGAUGAAGACUACCUGUCCAAGCUCUACGGCAAGGCGCUGUACGAGGGCCAGCGGCGGACUCUGAAGAAAGGCCCGUACCUGCGCUUCAGCUCCCCGUCGCCGCGCUCCAAAGCCCCACGGCCCAAAGUCAUCGAGAGUGUCAGAGGUGUGAAGAUGAAGUCCUCUAAGACCCAGACCAGCCUGGCGCCUGACCCAGCCACGGUGGCCUCGGAGCCCCGGUUCCUCUUCACCCCCACUGGGCCUGCAGAGCAACAGGACCCAGCCUCCCCUAUGCAGGGCUACCUCAUUCCCAUGGCCAUCCCCCUGGGCCAGCCCAGGGUGGACGGUCACGCUCCCCGGCCCUCCCGUGUCAUCAUUAGCGACAGACCUGUCACCGUGACAACCUCGUACACUCCCACCGCGGCCCCCAGGGCGGCGGCGGCCCCGGCACCUCGUAAACCCAACGUGGUUCUGCUGGAGGUGCGGUCCGAUCAGGGAAGGAGACCACCGCCCCAGCUCCGAGUGCAGGUCCAGCCCAGCGUCAACAUCGACAGCGCCUCCAGCCCCAGCUCUGCUGCCUCUCCCUCUCCCUCUCCCUCUCCCUCUCCCUCUCCCCUCCUGGCUCCUUCCUCGCCGCCUCCCCCCCUCCUGCCCGACACACAGGUAAGUGUCAUGGUGAAAACUUGAAAGACCAACAGGCUCCAAUUUAAUUGGGGGACUGUCCGUGUUGUAUUGUCCGAAUGCAAAUCGGCCCCCACAGACAGAGGCAGCAUUUCCAUAAUGAGGCAAAUAUCAUGCGGCAAGUGACCCAGCCCUCCAAAUGCGAUCAAUCUGGCAGUCAUUAUUCAGA